AUGCCACAAGAUGAAAGCAGAGGAUCACUUGUGGCUCCCAUCUUCCCGCUGAUAUCGCUCUCCGAAAGUGGAGGAAGUACUCCUGUGCCCAAAGCAGAGGAUGAACGCAGGAGCGAUACCAACUUCUGUUUAAUCCCAACUUUGGCUGAAUGGGAAGAAGGCAAAAAGCCAGAAAUACAGACCGGAGCAUCCUUAGGUGCUCAUCGAGAUAGUGCGAUAAAAACAGUAGAAAAUCAUUUCUCUUUUCCGUGCUAUCGAAAUUCUAGCAACGGGCAGAAAAAGGGCGAUCCUGGUAUUGAAAUAAUGAAAUCAGGUUGUGGUAAGAAGAAAACCAUUCCACGAUUGGACAGAUUAAGAGCCCGUCUGCAGUUGAAAUCACUUUCACAAAAUAACUUUACUGCAGUUGGAAAGAAUAUCGAAAUAUGA